AUAUAAAAAUCAAUUUUGAAAAGUGUAAAAAGUAUUUUGCAAUUAGUAAAUGUUAUUAACAUAUGACGAAGAUAAACUCUCGUGAUUUGUAUUUAAUAGAUAAACAUAACCUCUAAACUCGUGCUUCGAUCACAAUUUCAUUGUAAAUAAACAAAUUGUUAAAAUAAUGUUUGUACUUGUGGAACUCAAAGAUACCGUAAGAAUACCACCAUGGAAAUUUAAAAGACAAUUCAACGAUGCAAUUACUGACGAAUUAAAUAGAAAAUUAGCUAAUAAGGUAUAUUUAAACGUAGGUCUGUGUAUUGCAUUGCACGAUUUAACAAAAAUAGAAGAAUCGUAUAUUUUCCCUGGUGAUGGUUCAUCCCAUACAAAAGUAUAUUUUAGGUUUAUAGUGUUCCGUCCAUUUAUGGAAGAAAUUUUAAUAGGAAAAAUACGCAGUUGUAGUGCAGAAGGUGUACAUGUAACGUUAGGAUUCUUCGAGGACAUUCUCAUUCCACCAAACAAAUUACAGCAUCCAUCUCGAUUUGAUCAAGUCGAACAAGUAUGGAUUUGGGAAUACGACACUGGAGAUGGUGGAAAACAUGAUCUUUUUAUGGAUCCAGGUGAAAUUAUUAGAUUUCGAGUAUUUGCAGAAGAAUUUACGGAAACAUUACCAUCAGGUCCUAGAAAUGCUAAUCAAAAUGUUGACAAGACUGAAACUAGCAACGUAUCACCUUACAAUCUAAAAGGUGCAAUAGACGAACCCGGUCUCGGUGUACUAAGUUGGUGGGAAAAUGCAUAGAAAAAAAAAAACCCCCCAAAAAA